AUGGAAGCGACAUUCUACGACGAAGCCGUAAACGCCUCCAACUCUCAACACGACGGGACGGCCGUUUACGGGUUCAACCCCAAGACCCUCAAGCAGACCAUGACCCUCAAUCUGAACGACCCGAAAAACUUCAAGCCGCACCUGGGGGCCAAGGCCCUGGACAUCCUGACGUCCCCGGACGUGGGCUUACUCAAGCUGGCUUCGCCCGAGCUGGAGAGGCUGAUCAUCCAAUCGUGCAACGGGCUGACCACCCCCACCCCGACCCAGUUCGUCUGCCCCAAGAACAUCACCGACGAGCAGGAGGGCUUCGCCGAGGGCUUCGUCCGGGCUCUGGCGGAGCUCCACUACCAGCAGAUCCCCGGCGCCCACCCGGACGCGCAGCCGGGCGCCGCCACCGGCGGCGUGGCCCCCGGUCCCGGCGGCGCGUGCGAGGCGGGCGGGAUCCCCUACAGCUGCACGGUGCGCGCGGAGCCCCCGGAGUACACGAACUUGGCCGCUUUCGGCCGGACCCAGGGGUCCGCGCCCGGUUCCGCGCCGGCCGGGGAGAGGCACCCGCACCCGGCCGCGGGCUUCCACGCCGCCCCGCCGCCGCCGCCGCACGAGCCGUCCGGCAACCACAUGGACCGCCAGCUGGCGGCGCAGCACGCGCGCCUGCAGGCGCUCAAGGAGGAGCCGCAGACGGUGCCCGAGAUGUCCGGGGACACCCCGCCGCUGUCCCCCAUCGACAUGGAGACCCAGGAGCGCAUCAAGGCGGAGCGCAAGCGCAUGCGGAACCGGGUGGCCGCGUCCAAGUGCCGGAAAAGGAAGCUGGAGAGGAUCUCCCGGCUGGAGGACAGAGUCAAGAACCUGAAGAGCCAGAACACGGAGCUGGUCUCCUCCGCCAACGUCCUGCGGGACGAGCUGGCCCUGCUCAAGCAAAAGGUCAUGGACCACGUCAACAGCGGCUGUCAGCUCAUCCUGACGCAGCAGCUCCAGGCCUACUAG